AUGGCAGAUCUCGGGCGCAAAGACUCGGUGUUCGACCGACGUGUAUCGGUAUACGACAUGCUCCUUGCCCUGCCUGCAACAGCACUCAUCGAGAAGGCAAGCACGGAGCCAGAAGUACCAAAGCCAAAGCCUGUCGCCAGUCCAGUCGUGCGACCGCAAAACAGCAAAGACCUUUCAGCUCAUCGUCGACCACAACUACCCCUUUUCCCAAGACUACGACGCUCAUUACCGCUGGCCGGGUCGUUCUCAUGGAGCUCACACUCAUGGAGGGAGCGCACAACCAUCGAUCAGUCCUAUGUCAGCGCGUUCCGUGUUGACAAUUUCGAUGACGACUUCAUGAAGGCCAACGCACAGGCGCCCGGCCUGCUCACAUUACUGCAGGCCGCAGCAGAGAUGGAACAUGCACACGCAUCUCACCGGAGGAAACCUUCAGCUCGCCAUGCUCGCAAAGAGCAGAUGCGGUAUCGUUUCGUCGCGUCGCCUCAGUCAGCGAAGGUUUGA